AAAACAAAAGGAGGAAAAAUGAAUAUAGAAGUACAUAAAUUAAGUGAUUUAAUAUGUGCCAAUAAGAGCAGCUUAGAUGAAUGUGAAGUGAAGUUAAAUGAGGAAUAUCAGCAGUUAAUUAAAAAUGAUAAACAGCUAAGUUAUGCUUCAGAAUACAUUUUUUCUGAGUUAAUUGACGAUUUAAUCUUAAGUUAUGUAUUCGAGGCUCACUUUGCAUUGAAAAAAUUGGAUACAGAAAAAGAAUUACAGGAACAUGACAGUAUUGAAUCAAGUAGUAGUAAUCAAGACAUGACGAAUGAUACAGAACAGAAUACAAGCAAUGGUGAUACUUAUCAUGAAAAUAAGACUAAGAAGAAAAUUGUUUACUGUAAGUGCUCAAAUUGCGCAAAAGUUGUUGCUGUCACGAAAUUUGCGAAUCAUUUAGAGCACUGCUUUGGAAUCGGACGUAAAGUGAGAUUAAGGAAACGUAAAGACAUGAAUGACACUGCUAAUUAA